CAGCCGGCUCCUCCAACCAAGGCGGCGGCCGAGUCGCUCUGGAGCUCCUUCCCCUCCCUCCCUCCCUCCCUCCCAGUCCGACUUUGUUGCUCCGUCGCCCCGCUAGUCCUCCCGACUCCAGUCUCUCUCCGGGGAGCCAGAAGAACAGCUCGACGGAGUCCGCGACCAUGGAAGGCGACAACAUAAUAAUGCCUGUUUGACUACGGCGACAUUUGUUUUCUCCAAGAUGCCAGGCCUUUUGUCCAGUGCUGCGUGUCUGACAGUCAUCUGGUUUUUAUCUUUGUCGCUGCGUCCUAGUUGUGCUCAGAUUUGGACCGAUGAAGUGUCAGGCGUGCAGUACGGGCGCCUGGAGUCAAAUGUGACAGUGGCAUGCGGGAAGUCGCAAACCAGGACACCUGUGUUGUGGCAUCUCAACCACAGCUCGGCGUUGCCGUGGCACCGAGUGACGUCCGACGGCACCUUGCUCCUGCUGCACGUCGACCACUCAGCGCAGGGCCUCUACAGCUGCUACGAUAACCACGGGCUGCUCCUUCACUCGGUCAAACUCCGGCUUGGUCAUCCCCCCGGGCUCUUGAGCAUUUCCUGUCAAGUGCCCAGUCACAAACACGUUCGCUGCUCCUGGGUGGACCCGGUCAAGACCUUCCUGCCUGCCCAGUACAAUGCCUCCUUCAGGGGCAGCAGUCAGGAGUGGGCGCCGUGUGUCGUGGAUGUCGCCAGCAAGCAUUGUGAGGUGGAUAACCCCGCCUUCUGGCAGACCAUCCACACGCUCAGAGUCACGGUGACCAACGGCCUCGGGUCCGAGACGACAUACGUCCGGUUGAAGUUACACGAAUUAUUGAAGCCAGACCCUCCAGAUUCCCUGCUGGUGAAGGAACUGGAAGGUUUUCCGAAGAGGCUGAUCGUCUCGUGGAAGUUUCCCUCCUCCUGGCCGGUGUACACCUCGUUCCCCCUCAUGUUCCAGAUCCGAUACAGGCCACAGGGCUCCGUAUACUGGUCAGACAUCUACUCAGAGGAGAGUCCGGUCGUGAUAUUCGACGCCCUGGCCGGCCACCUCCACCAGGUGCAGAUCCGAGCCCACGACGACGUGAACGCCGAGAGCCAGUGGAGCGAAUGGAGCCCCCUGAUUCUGGUCCGGCCCUGGGAAGGUAAGGAAGCCUACACCACCCCCGACCCGACGGAGGAGCUCCCACCAGAGGAAAGAAUACCAGACUAUUAUUUCCCGUUCAACACGAAGCCCGAAACCUCGACUGAAAAAUCACACAAUCCUGUAAUCGACGGUGAAGGUAAUUUGGGUUUGGUGAUUUUGCUGGUUUUGUUCUCCGUGGUCAUCCUCAUCACCGUCCCUUCCCUCAUCUAUGUCGUGUGGAUGAGGCAGAGGCGGCGCGACCAUGUGACCAAACAGGAACUCACCUCUAUGGUCAAGAUGAAGUCCAUGCCAAUCUAAGUGUCGAUUUCAAGUGUCUCCUCCACAUCGGCCCGUUCUAGGGCUCCUCCCCAACAUCAACCACACUUCAUUGGAGUCCAUCCAUGAACCAGGACAACAGGGACAGAGCCUGUAGGUGGAACUGACGGGGUUAAGUGUCCCGGUGUAUAAAAGCCGACUGAAGGGUAGGUUUUGCAUAAAUCAGGGGUUGUGCAGAAUUUUCCCUGGACACAUCUACAGUAAACUGCACCUCCCAGAAUGCAUCAGUGGACGCCAUCUAACGUCCACGGGGACUGGAAAAAACAAAAAACCCGGCCCCUCGUUCCGUUCCCUCACUUCAGCAGCUUCAUUGCAGCUCACUCUUUGGCAGACUCGUUGGAGCGCCACUCCACCAGGACGUUUGAGUUCACUCACUACCGACGCUGCUUCAGGUGGACUCACUCCUCGACCCCUCUGGAGAGGGAAGGGCGGCGUUCAUUUGUAACUUUUUUUCUGACAGGAAGUGCAGCUGCCAAACAGGAGAACACAGGUUUGUUUUUUGUGGGAAGAAGAUUUUUUUAUAAUUAAAAAAAUGAAUUCUGUGUGUGUGGGACAACUUGCUUCUCUUCUCCCACGCUGAACUCCUCACCUUUUUUUUUUUCUUCAUGUGUGUCCGUUAUUACAUCGACUGACCGACCGACUCAAUGCUGUGAAGGAAGCAUAACUUCUGCCAGUCUCUCCCUCUGUGUGUGUGUGUGUGUGUGUGUGUGUGCAUAUAAUGCCAAAGCAGCAACUAACUAUGGGCAUUAUGGUUCUCAGCUGGAGGGGCAGGGAGCAAACCUGUUACUGGCUCCUGACCUGGGAGGGGGGGGGGGGACGAGGUCCAGGGUGGGGUGGCCUGGGUUAUUUAGACUAUAAUUCAUUUACGACAAGUGAUUUUUUUAAUGUUGCAUGAUGUGCUCGUUUCUUUGACAAUACGUGUCCUUUUGUUUUUUUGUGUUGUAUCUCUUUUCUGUCCAUCCAUCCAUCCAUCCAUCCACCGUUCUUGACGCACAUGAACAGAAAGAGAAUCGGAGAAGAGAUACUGGCCUUUCACGAACCACCAGCGUAAUGACAUUUCUUUUGAUAGUUAGUGAUUACUAAAACUAUAACUGCAGAUAUUCUGCUCCCGUGUCCCGACUCCAAAGAAACCAGUUACUUCUUUGUGAAGUCAGGUUCGGAAAUGGUUACAUGAUCGAUGUUUCUCUAACCGUUCAUAGGCAAAAGUCAAUCCAUGUCAAAAAGAAUCAAAUCUGCAUAUUCUUUUUUUGGUAUCAAUAAAUAUUUGAAUCCAUAUAACAAUGUCAAAGUAAAUCAUAAUUUCCAAGUGUGCAAGAUGAUGUCUUCACACUCCUUGGUAUGUGAAAUUUACAGAUACUAAUUUUAAAAUGAAAGAAAAUCCCCCUGUCUCACUACUUGGUCCUUAUUACACCAUUAAAGGGUUAAUCAGUCGAUUUUAUUGCCUAAAAUAUAACAUAUGGCCUGAAGGUCAUUUAGUGCAUGGAGACCAUUUUAAUCCGAGUCCAUAAAAGUUUGCCCGCGUUAGUUAGAUUGAGAUUCAGUUAAUUAAAAAAUGUAAAGGUUUAUAUAUGUUAUAACAAGCUUGUUCAUUUAGAAAAGUACGAGGGGACAAAAUGCAGUUCAGCGCAGAGUACUUGUACAUCACCUUCGCAAAUAGUCCUUUGGGAAAUUUUUGCUAUUAUUAAUUAAACGUAGUAGUGUAACUGCAAAUGACGUUCUCCUCGUAUGGUGAGUGGACUCUGUUAACGGUCACUGCUAACAUCUCUGCACCACCACGAGACGGAGACGGCUAUUAUGGAAGCAAUCCGUGGCAUUCGUUUAUGUACGCCGCAAUAAGUACACACCAGGAGGCUGCAUCAGUGUAUCAGGACGCAUGUUGGCGAGGAGGUUUUGCUCUUGGUGACACUCAACAUUUUUGAGGGUGACGGUGAAGUUUAGGUGGAAAUAGAAUAAAAAGUGGAUCAUUGACACUAAUCAAUCCCAGCAACGGUGAAAGGAAUUUUGCCGGUUGCCCUACGCGCUGAUGUCAGUGACGUCGGGAGGAGCUCAACGCUAAUUUACGCCAACUUUUAUUUUACCCUACUGAAAUAUCCAAUGAACGUAGAGAUUUGAUGUAGCUGAAUCCGAGCACGUUUCGUCUGGCGGGGGUGUGUGUGUGUGUGUGUGUGUGUGUGUGUGUGUGUGUGUGUGUGUGUGUGUGUGUGUGUGUGUGUGUGUGUGUGUGUGUGUGUGUGUGUGUGUGUGUGUGUGUGUGUGUGUGUGUGUGUGUGUGUGUGUGUGUGUGUGUGUGUGUGCACGAGAUGAGCACGUACGUGGUGACUCGACAAGAGCGACUCUCGCUCACUGUACUUUGUGUCUCACCGCCCACCGACGCGUGGGACGCGAACGAUUUCCUGGGAAGUUAGUUCUGAAUACCUCUGGUUCAGUACAGUAUCCGGUUUGAGAGGGCAGCGCGCGUUGAACGAAAAACAACAGCAUUUCUUCCUUCCCUUCGUUUCCGUUGCCCCUUGAUGUUCCGUCGAUCCAAAGCUGUGUAGUUAUGAAGUCAAGUUUUAUUGAUCGAUCGAUCGAUUGGCCGACUGCGUGGUUUGAAUCUUGAAACACAAAGUGCAUAAAGGUCGAACUUUAUGUCCCCGGUUUGACGACUGUACGUUCUCUCCAGCUAGCUCCACGAUAUUAUGCAUGAAUCCAGUUGAAGCUUUUUUCUUUUCUUUUUUUUUUUGUAUAUUAUUGUAUAUCACACUUUAGGAAAAAAAAGUACAUAUGUAUGUUAUAAGUGAUGUUUAUAUGUAGAGGGGAAAAAAACUUUUUCUCUGGGAUGGUUUCACACACAUGGUUUGAUUCAGUUUGUAAUAGAUUAGCAGUUAAUAUCAGUUUUACAGUUUAUUACACGUUAAAUUCUGUGAUAACCUGAAGAAAUUUAAAUUGUCUAUACAUUAGCUUUAUAGAUAUUUUUGAUUAAAAAUCAGAAAAGAAUUAUUACUGACACCUAUGGCUGUUGAGGGAACUGCAUCAUGUUGUGUCCAGAAAAAGUUAUAGUUUCUUUACACAUUUGCAAGGAAAAAAAUAUAUAUUUUUGCAUACAUAUUAUAUUGUUACAUAUAAAAUUUGUAAAUUCUCCAAAUUGAAUAUUGUAGGCCAUUAGACACAAUAGAAAAUAAGACAAUUUUCUUCCCCCCAAAAAAAUGUUAAAGUAAAAGUUGUCAAUGCACAUUCCCCCCGGUGACAUAAGGGAGAUAUAUUAAUACUAAUACUUCUUCAGACUGAUGAUAAUCCAUGUGUGGUGAAGCUUCCCAGAAUCGUGUGUUUGUGUCUCUUCUCCCCAGUUAUAUGAAGCUGUGUUACUGUACACGUACUGUAUGGGACAAUGUGUUUACUGAAUUCAUCCUCAUCCAACUUAUGCAUUUCUGCAUUCGGUGUUCAGUUUCGUUCGUGUCUUUGUCUUUCUUUCUUUUUUUUUGUCUGUGCAGCUUUUCCUGAAUUCCCUGCGGCAUCACUCACAAAAAAAGCAAAACUGUUUCAUUUUCUUUUACAUUGUACAAAAGAAUAUAUUUAUCAGAUGGGUGUGAGCUCCUAGGAUUAAUUGUCAGAAUUUCAAAGUCAGUUUAGAAUAAAGAAUAUGAAAAUGACAUGCUGCAAAAUAUUCUGUCAACGAAACCUAAAAGUCAAAGUUAAACAUGUUUAUUCCUUCUUUUAAACCGGAUUUGAAAAUGGACGAUUGAAUAUGAUACAAAGACGUGAUGAGCGUCAGCAUACGGCAUGACUGUCCCAAGUUAUUUCAACACAUUGAUAGUUCAUUUUUUGGCCUUUUCAUACUGUAUGUUCUGCUUCAUAGAACAUAAUUAAACAAAUGGUGUCAGUAAUUUAAAAAUAUAGGAAAUAAAACAUUAAAAAAACGCUUAAAAUAAAUCGAAAAUGUUCUAUUUUUUUGCCAUAAAUUCAGAUUUCCAGGUAACAAAAAAGUAAUAUAUAUUUUUUUACAGUCUAAACAGAAGACAGAAAUUCAUAUACGAUACACUUUUCACGUCCGUUUGCAUCGACCAUCCAUCCCAUAGAGUUUGUGGAUCCUGUGCAGUAUCUGCGAGCGACGUCCACCCGGUCGUCCAUCUUGUUUCCGAGGUUCAAACUCGUCUCUUCUUGUCUGUAACCGUUCUCCGCCUCCUCUCUCGUUCACUUCCGUGGUGUUUUCUGUUUUUCGUGGAAGCACUUGUGGUCUUUCUCUUCCUCUCCGUGUUCCUCUGCAGUAUGUGAUAGCAGAUGGAGCCUGUCGGUUUUAGUUCUUAUAACUCGAAUUACACUCAGGCAUCCAUUCUCAGAUGUACAUAGUCUUUUUUUUUUUUUGUCUUUUUUUGCUUUGUGUACGACAGAUAUCACCAUAAGCUGUUUGCCCCCCCCCUCCCUCUCUCCCUGUCUGUAUGUUUCUGUGAAAUAAAUACUAUUUUAUCACA